GCCAUGCUUGGAUCAGAAGUGACACUAGUUUCCCUGUCUCUCCACGAACUAACGGACAAUGAAUACUCUGAUAACAUAAAACGUGGUGCUUACUGGGAACUAAUGAAGCAAAUCUGCAAGGUAGAAGAUGAUCAGGCUUGUUAUGCCAACAUUUUGGAUUCUUUUACAAAUCUGAAGUCGGACCAUGAGAAAUUAGUGUUGGUGGUUUCAGCCCUGAAUGUUUUUAUACAGAAUAACUUUACUGGACCUCUGCUUUCUGCAGAUAUUCUUAAGUCAAUUGAAGAUGAGGAUUCUGCUGCUACUAAACGUUUGAGUACCAUUAAUAAUGCAAUGUAUCCUUUAGUCAAGUGCACUAAGCUUUUUGAACUGUGUCGUGACUAUUUUUCAUCCCAAGAUUAUUCAGUGUUGACCAAUCAACUGUUUAAAUUGCGAUGCAUAUUCAUCGAGCAAAUGUUGAUGGAUGAUUUAUCUCCAGAUCUCUUUGAUAACAUCGAAAAACUUAUUAGCAUUAUAGAGGAUCAUAGCGAAUUUGCCGCAUUAUCAAAAGAGGUUCGAUGCAAGAUUUUGGUUGAGUUUGGAUUUGUAUAUCUAAACUUUCAACACAUUUCGAAAUCACGGAGGUACAUGGAGAUGGCUAAAAAGCUGAUUAGUUUCAGCUUUAAUCUCACUGGUGCCUUAGGAAAAAGAACGAAAUAUCAGGAGACACCUUUAGCGCAACUUAGAGUUGAGACCAUCAUUGAGGAAAACGUUGUCGAUGUGACUCCUUUAGAGAAUGAACCCCAGAUCAUUGAUUUAAAUGACGACACUUUGCUGGACAAAAUCUCAUUCGAGGACGAAAAUAUUAAGAACUCAGUCUCAAACCUGACUGCUCCAUUUUUGUUGCACAUGGCCUCACUCAAGUUGAAGGACUUUGCCAUGGAAGACAUGUUACGUGAGGAAGUGAUAGCCUUUCUUGAGGGAAUUAUAGAAGGAAGGACAUUUUCAUAUUGCAUUGCCACACAUGCCUACUUUCUGAGGAGCAAACUUGAAAAAACAUCCAUUAGAAGGCUCAGCCGUUGCAUGGAACAGUUGGAAGAAGUGGUUCUUGGGUUCGACUGUAAAAAGGUUUGCUCGAGAACAGGGAGUCUAUUCCAAUCCGGACUUCCUCCAAUGUGGAAACAACAAAAAGUACUUGCAGAGAUGUAUUCAGGUAUUGGGUCCCACAAGAGUGCUUUAGAUCUCUAUGAGAAGUUGCAAUUGAGAGAGGAGCAGAUAAACUCUCUCAUUGGUUCUGGAAGAUAUGAGGCUGCUGAGAAGCUGACUAGAUCACUAAUUGCUCAAGGUGAAACCCCCAAAUUGUAUUGCAUCCUAGGGGACACAACUCAGGACAUCACUCAUUACGAGAGAGCCUGGGAACUGUCAGGCGAGUCGUCAGCUAGAGCCAUGAAGUCCCUGGGAUAUCACUAUUUUAACAUCAAGGAGUACCGGAGGGCUUUAGUCUGCAUGCAGAAUUCUCUGGAAUGCAACUAUUUGCAGGGAGGUUUGUGGUUCACAGCUGGAUGCACAGCUCUUGCCAUACCAGAAUUUGAGACUGCCAUCAAGUGUUUCCAGACCUCUCUACAUAUAGAUGACGAGUAUUCUGAAGCAUGGAGCAACCUGGGAGCUUGCUUUCAGAAAACAGGACAGUUGCGUAAAGCUUUCAGCUGUUUCAAAGAGGCUACACGGCGAUCUUUUAACAACUGGAGAGUUUGGGAGAAUUUCCUGACUGCUGCCGCUCAGAUAAAAGAUUUUGCAAGCAUGAUAUUUGCUUAUCGGCAAAUCAUAACAACCGGACAGAAGUACUGUGAUAAAAUAAUACUGAAUAGUCUCGUGUCUGCAGUUAGAGAUAAUAUGACGUCAGUAUCUGGGGAAGAAGGAAUCAGGUACUACGACAAGAUUAUAGAUCUCUUCAAAUUUGCUAGCUCAAAAGUCACAACAAGCUUUGAUCUGUGGAGGUCUUAUGCUGCCAUGUACCUUGAUGUUCAUGGUAGAGAGGAUGUUGGUAUGGGUAUCGGUUACCUUAUCAAAGCAUAUCAUUCAGCUUCUUUGCACAUUGAGAAGUCAAUGGAAGACUUCUUGAAGUGCACCGAGUGUUCCAAAGUUCUUCAUAAGUACGUCAUGGCAGAAGCAAAAGAUUCUCCUACCUACACUCAACAUCUUCAGUCCUUGAAAUCCAUCCUUCAAAUAUUGAUAACAAAAGGUCACAAACUAUCCGAAUCUAUGCCUAAUGAAGAGGCUGAGGAAAGGAAGUUGAUUUUGGAGUAUUUGAAAAACGCUUAUCAGCAAUUAGAAGAAGUCGAGGAAGCACAGUUAUUUGUGUGAAAUUCUUUGUAUUUCUUGAAUUUCUUUUAACAUUAGGGUAAUUUUUAGUUGUUUUCAGCGUUUUAGGUCGGUAGUUAAUUUAUUAAACUUUAUCAAACUAUCCUUUCUGGGAUAUAUCAGUUUUAUGGUGACGACAAGUUUUUAUUAUUUCGGUCUGUGGCUGUCUUAUUCUACAAAAUGAUCAUGUCAGUUGUUGUUGUAAUGAAUGAAGAUAAUGAGUGCAAGUGUAUGAUUUGAAAUGUCAUUCCUAUAUACGUCUGUCAUACAUAAUUGUGUUAAAACAUACCAUUGGUAUACCAAUAAUUCCAAGAUCUACAUUUUUCAACUUUCCUCACU